AUGAUCCAUUCGCCAAUAAAUACGCCAACAAAACUACCACCAUCCGCGCAGCUAGAAUACGAGGAAGAGGAGGAAAAGGAUGAAAUGAAUAUGCCUCCCGAAUUGCCACCGAAAAGUAAAAACGAUAGCGGAAUACGUUUCGAGGUACGUUCUCUUAAAAAUAUACAAGAGAAAUUUCUGAAAUGGGGGAGUGAAAUAACUCUGGAGCAGAGUGUGAAUAAACUAGCAAGUGAAGUUGCAAAAAGCCAUAAUAAGCCGAUCUCAUUUGCUGAGGCCGUGCAACUGCCAAAGAAGAGGACCGCACCUUCUACAUUAUCGAGUGCCGCCUCCACUGCUGCAGCCAGGGAGUCUCCGCCCCGGACCAAGAAGCUGUCGCCCAAGGAGAAUGUGAUCAUCCUGAAGCCAGCAAAAAUAAAUGGAACGGAAAAGGAACAAACUGUUGAUGUCCGUGGUGGGGGUGUGCUGUUGGUGCUUCACCCAAGGGCCAAUAAGGAAAAUGUUUUGGGUGAUAAGGUCCUGCAACAUCCAAACAUAAAGGUAAGCGAGCCACAAUCCAAAUUGCCAAGAAUAAUUCUGUAUCACGUCGCUGCAGAUAUAACUGCUGCUGAAUUGGCAAACGAUGUGUAUGAGAGAAAUCUCGAGUCAUCGUCACUGAGUAGGGAAAAUUUCUUGAAAAACUUUAGGCCGAUUUUUAAAAUAGGACCGAAAAACAAAAACACCGUGCACUGGGUAGUGGAGUGCACUGGUGAAUUAAGAAAAGAAUUUAUUAACAAAUCGCGGAUUGGUAUUGAUUGGAGGGUGUGCCGAGUUGGAGACUAUGUUGCCGUCUCUCGUUGCUUCAAGUGCCAAAAAUUGGACAUAUCAGUAAGCAUUGCACUCAAGCACAAAACACCUGUGCUCACUGUUCCACUACAGGACAUGAUGUUAAAGAGUGCCCUAAUAGAGACAAAAAGCCCUCAUGUUUAAAUUGCCGCAAUGAUAAAAAAGCUUUCGAUCACAAAGUAGGUGACAGAGAGUGCCCUUCCUAUCAAAAAGCGUUACAACAAAUAAUUGAUAGAACUGAUUAUGGAAUCUGAAAGAAAAAUAUUCAAUAUACUGAGGAUAGAUAAAAAUAAUAGUGAUAGUAAAAUCAAGCAAUCAACCCAACACAAAAUGAUUACUUUAAAUUCCAUCCUUAACAAAAUUGUUAGUUUCUGCGUAACAACUAAUACUGAUAAAAGUAAGAUAAGUCUGGUUUAUAAUUUUGGUGAGAGGGUUGAUGUUAUGAUAUCUUUUACAAAAAUAGGAAAUAGUAUUAAAACAUCCAAAGGACUCUCUCUGCUUAGAAAUAAAAAUAUUUCUCUCUUGAAGAGUGGAAUCGCCUGAAUGUGUUACGAGAUUCUAAUUGUAUAAGAGUUUUGUUUUCUGAUAAAAACAUUCCUAUUUUCAUAUUAAAUGAUGGUGAAAAUGGGGUACUUAUUGAUCUUUUGAAUAGAAUAAAUGAUUGGAGUAAAUUCAAUUACCCUUUGAUUAUAGGAAUUGAUUCUUUUAACAAUCUUGGUGAAACUUAUUUUGAUAUUCCUGCCACUGAACUCUUGAGUACUGUCAUAGGAGCUAGAGAUUUGAAGUUUAUUUUUUAUUAUCGAGGUUAUUGUGAAAUUAAUUUUCUUAAUAUACCUAAGCUAUCUGAUAGUCCGGGAGUUGAGUACCCUGUAGGAUUCUUUGAAGGUAAUAAUAAACGUGAAGCAUUCAUAAACUCUAUGAUUGAAUUACGGACC